AUGUCUUCGCAUGGACAAGAGUCUUCCGUCAUCAUUGAAAGUGCUUCACAAAGCAAGGCUUACAUUGGCCUUCAUGCUGCCUCAGGCAUCAUCUCGUUCCUGGUUGCAAAGGGAAUAUUACUCGUUCCGAUGCAAAAUAUGAAAACUCGGGAACAAUUCUCUGCUCAAUUAAUAUCGGAUCGUCAUAUUGCUCUACCACCUCCUUGGUUUAUGGGAUUAGGUGAAGAAUUGUGUAUUCAGUUUUCAGGAUUUUUCCUCCGUGUUGGCUUGAACUCAAUUGCCAACAAAUUGAAUUUACAAAUUCCCAGUGCCGCAACAAGCAUGGUGAGCGAUGUCAUCAUGUAUCCUCUAGUUGCAAAGAGAGUGAGAAAUGUAGUGAAUGGUUAUGGUGGAUGUAUUGGAGCACAAUCGGCGUGUCCUGGUGGUGAAACUUGGGCCAAUUGGCUCAUUUCAGUCGGAACUUUUUGCUUGUAUGGUGUGGUUGAAGAGAGUUUAUCGGGCGUGAUAUACGAUAAUUUGGUUAGCAAGUACCUGCCAUUCGACACAGCCAGUAGCUUGUAUGCUGAGAGAUUUGCUCAAUCUUUGUCGUUGGGUCUUGCUAAGGUGGUGAUGUCACCACUGGAAGCCUUGUACAAACAUCAAAUGUAUUUUGGUAGCGGCCACGUUCCUCAUACUAAGAGAGAGAAUUUGAAAAGCUUGUAUAAGGGAGCCUUAUUAGGAGUUGGUGAAAGUUUUUCUUUGAUUUAUUUCAAAUAUGCAGUGUACAAGAGUUUGAGUGAUUUGGCAUCAUCGAAUUAA